CGAGGGGUGCGGGUGACCCGGUGGCGGGGACACCUUCGACGACAGACGUCCCGACGCUACCCCGAGGGAGAGACACGUCGCGAUACGCGGUGCCCGCGUGUUUUCUUUGCCGGGAGCUUUUGGUCUACGCGCGGUAAAGGUCGCGGCUUGAAAGGUGGAGGGCCAGGGCACGACAAAAACGACGGAGACGAGAAGCGGCUCGGACGAAGGCCCGGAAGUAACGGGCCCCACUCUGAGCGGCCUGCUGGCGAAUCUGCCGUUAGCGGGCCCCCAGCGUCUCGCCAACUCUCUGCGACAAAAAUUUGCUAACAACUCUGGUAACCCCCGACCUGGCCUGAUGCGCGCCGCCACCUCCGUCGAAAAGCUCGAGGUCGUCGAGGUUACCGCCUAUUGACCUGGCCCCUGGGGUUAGCGAGUCACCGUGGGCCCAGGCGCUUCGCGCCUCUUGGGCCUGUGCAGCUAUGACUACGAUACCGAUAAUCAACAUGGAGUUCGGGGAGCUGAAGGAGGUCGUUUGGACGAAACUCCAGGAGCCGAAGUCGCAGCGUAAAUUGAUCCUCGUCAUCGUCUCGAUAGCCCUGCUCUUGGACAACAUGUUGUACAUGGUAAUCGUGCCAAUUAUCCCCGAUUAUCUUAAGUACGUCGGAGCAUUCGGCGACGAGCCAGAGACCAACAGCACGGUGACGGGCCCACCCUCCCAUCACGGUCAGGACUCGGCGACGGGUAUCCUCUUUGCCUCGAAAGCUAUUGUCCAGCUGAUGGUGAACCCCUUUUCCGGCGCGCUGAUCGACAGGAUCGGCUACGACAUACCCAUGAUGAUUGGACUGACCAUAAUGUUUCUGUCCACCGCCGUUUUUGCCUGUGGCCGAAGCUACGGAAUCCUCUUCUUCGCCAGGAGCCUCCAAGGCGUGGGAUCCGCAUUCGCGGACACAGCUGGUCUCGCCAUGAUAGCCGAUCGUUUCACCGAGGAAGCGGAGCGGUCGAAAGCGCUCGGAAUCGCCUUGGCUUUCAUCAGCUUCGGAUGUUUGGUAGCGCCUCCUUUUGGCGGGGCGCUCUACCAGUUCGCCGGCAAGGAAAUGCCCUUCCUCAUCCUCGCCUUCGUCAGCCUACUAGACGGUUUCAUGCUUCUUCUCGUUAUGAAACCACUGAAGGAACAACUCAAGGACAGGAACAGAGACAGGGGUCCGACGAUUCCGAUCUGGCGUCUGUUCAUCGAUCCCUAUAUAGCGGUGUGCGCCGGUGCUCUGAUGAUGUCCAACGUCGCUCUGGCGUUUCUUGAACCAACCAUAUCCCUGUGGAUGGAGGACAACAUAACUCACGACAACUGGAAGAUGGGGAUGAUCUGGCUACCCGCCUUCUUCCCGCACGUAUUCGGGGUUGUGAUAACCGUCAAGAUGGCCAAGCAGUACCCUCAGUACCAGUGGCUGAUGGCAGCCUGCGGACUGGCGCUGGAGGGACUGUGCUGCUUCAUAAUUCCAUUUUCGACCUCCUACAAGGUCCUGAUGAUACCGAUCUGCGGCAUCUGCUUCGGAAUCGCUCUGAUUGACACGGCUCUGCUUCCAACCCUUGGAUACCUUGUCGACGUGCGAUACGUUUCGGUUUACGGUAGCAUCUACGCCAUCGCCGACAUUUCUUACAGCGUCGCGUACGCGGUGGGUCCUAUAAUAGCCGGUGGUGUCGUCGAAGCGAUCGGAUUCACCGCGCUUAACAUCGGCAUUGCCUUUUCCAACCUGAUGUACGCACCGGUUCUCUACUACCUGAGGCACAUUUACGACUUCAAGCCCUUCCAGGACGAGGCGAACGUCCUGAUGCAGGAUCCUCCGGACAAAGAGUAUCAGACGUACGUACUUCAGGAGCAAAGACCGGUUAAUGGCGAGGUGGGAAACCACUUGACCCAGGGUAGAAUCGAGACAAACAUCGAUCAGGCGUCGGACUAUCCCACUGAUCAGUAUAAUCCGUCCCAAAACGGGUACGAAGGAAGUGGAUACAACCAGAGCAGAGGUUACGAGCAACAGCCGCAAGGCUACGGCCAGCAACCAACGAGCUUCGGAGGUCAGAGUGGAUACUCGGCACCGCCGCAAGCUCCGCAACAAACAACGCAGCAGGCGUUCGGACAGCAACGAAGCUACGGCCAGACGGAACAGAGCUUUGGACACCAAACGAGCUACGGUCAGCCGAAGCAGCCUCAGCACGAGCCCCAAGGGGACGCGAAUCCCUUCAGGCGGUCCGUUGAGCCCGAAAAACCUGCCGGGGACAGCAAUCCGUUUAGGCAGGGGAUGUUCUAGUCAUUCGAUGCAUUUCGAACUCCCUAGUAAACGUUUCAAAAGUACUGAAUUAGGAACCAGAGAGCAAUAAUCGGACCACGCCGGAACGAUGUUGGACAGGUAUGAUAUUAUGCUGGUUCGAAAACCUCGGGAAGAGUUCUUGUUCUUCGGGUGUGCGGAAGCAAGAUGUCUUCUCCGGGAGUACGGAGUGCCUGCCGAGAGUGAGUGUGACGAGAAAAUAUCUUCAUGCUGUUUAUGCUUCCCAAAUGAAUGUUACGAUUUUUUGUCAGGAUAGUUGCAUUAUUAGCACUCACUGUGUCUCAUGUUGUUUGUUAGCUUAUUUUCGUAUGUUUUAGGGAAUAACUUGUCGUUGGCAGGUUCUUUUGAGUUCCUUCGCUUUUUUCAGCAGAGUGCUUUUCAAAUUAUUUCAAGAUGAAUGGUGGAGAAUCUUUGCGUAGGAUAAACUAACGAAUAUUCUAAAAACUGAAAGUUAGCUAAAUUAUAUGUAACGAAUGUCAGUUUCUUUUUUUUGGCGUGAACGGUGCAGCGAUGCGAGAAAGUAAAAGUUUUUUAAUGAAAUAUUGUUCCGGUAUUUGGGGGAUGGAUUGACGGCCUUGACAAAUGAAUCUAUCGAGUUCCGAGAGAUAAUUCGGGGCGUAAUUUUAGGGUGAAAGGUAUUUGUGACGUACAAAUGCGAUGCACGUUAGUCCCGAGAGUGGUGAAGGACUGUUCUUCCGGAGCAAUCCAAUUCCCUCGAGGAUCAAGCACUGUUUAGUUUAGAGGGAUUUGAACGAACGAGCGAGUGAGUGUGCAAGAGUUGAUAGAUAUGUAUAUAAAUGUACGUUACUAAACGGAGCUCGCUCGCAAGGCCAAAGCUGGACGGUCGAGUUUCCCAGUCAGCAAGGGAUCCUCUUCAAGACAUCAUUGGUCGAGCGAGUUCCGUAUUAUUUAUUGAUAGUUAUAUCUUAUUUUCGUUGCGUUGAAUAUCUCAGUUGCUGAACCAAGAUAACAUAUCAGGGUCCCAGAUCAGGGGCCCGAAACCCUAGUCUGUAAAGUGUUAUAGGUAAAUAAAUAGACCGAGGGUCACAUCUUAGUUUCACAAACUUUUUCGGAACAACGUCACGAGCUUUUAGUUGAACUUUAUCGCCUAUGCCAAAGCUCUGAAAUCGAGAUGUCACACUCGGUUAAAUUACUCAUAUAUUUAGAUUAAUGAAAUGUAGCGCGUACAAGCAUUCGGUAUGUAAUGUCAGUUAACGAUUAAAGUCCAGUGAAAAGACGUACAAAUAUGUCUUUAUUUUUACAGGCGUACUUUUCGCUCUGGUAUUGAUUUGAAUUCAAUUGGGUUACGUGCAAUUUUAUGCGGAAUUAACACACGUCAUCUGCAUGAUUUAUCUGGUGGAAAAUGAAUUUAGAACUUUAAUCCAUUCCGGAAUCACAGAUUAUAAAUAUGACGCAUACAUCGUGUUGAAGAUUCAAACUUAUACUUGCAGUGCAAUAAAAUCCGUUGAACGCGAUUCAUUCGAGUUUUGUAAAUAUUUUAUAAGCUACAUAUUUUUUUCGUUGCCAUAUAUUUUGUUUAUAGAAGAUAUAUUCUCUUUACUAUAUAUUUUAUGAAGUCUACGAUUAUGAUCUGACUUUCGUUUAUAAGGUAACAGUGGUGUUUGUCCUUCGAGCAUAGAACGACCAUAAGAUUCCCCUGAUUCGGUAACCAUUGAUUUAGAUUUCUGAGUAUUAUUUUCAAAUGUGAUAUUUUUUUAACUGGACGCUAAAUAUGUAUACGCUCAUCUACCAUAUGCGUACUAUAGGGACCAUUCAAAUAUUGAAUACCUCUAUUUUGUCCUAUUUCAGAUCCCCAAUCACCCUCUACGCAUUUCAAAAUUGGUCACGGAGACUUUCAUUGAUCCUUCCGUGAUAAAUUUUCCACCUUCCCAAGCAAUUUUCAUAAUAUUCCGAAAUUCGCGAGCUACCGUACAAGUACAAAAGGGAAUACAGGUUUUUCUAAAAUUGAAUUCGUCAACGGAAAAUAUAGUAUAACCUUUAAUUUUUAAAGAAACUAAUUUUGAUGUCAUAAGCUUUUGUUUGACGGAAUAAAGCUUUCAAAUUUAUUCAAUAAACUUUCUAUUUUUGGAAUACAGUUAAUUUCGCGGAUAGUUAUAAUUUGCAAAAUAAAGCAUAACCUGGCCUUUUCGAAAUUCUUUAUUUCACUCUAUGUUAUAGGCGCGGAACACUCCAUUUCCUAGUUUUUGAUCUUCUAUCCUCCAAAAAUGUACAAUAAUAUUUGAAUGACCCCCUGAGUAAUUAUUAUUAUAUUCGAUAUGCUAACCUAUAACUAUAGAUAUUAAUAACAACACAACAAUACUGAAUAUAACUUGAUAUACCAAUUACAGUCUAACAUAUAAAUAAUUGUAUAUUACAAAUACAUGAUACACAUAGAUAUAUGUAUACAUAUAUAUUAAUAUUAGCUGUGUUAGCUUCUUUUAUCUCUUGUAAAUAUUAGCGUUAAAUUCCAUCGUCCUGUAAGAUCUCUAAUAUCUGCCUGCUGUAUUAUAAAAGUAUAUUAUAACAUAUUGAUUGCGAAUCAUGUCGUAUACAUUUAUAUCUAUCUAAUAUAAAUGUAUCUGCAUGUGUAUUGUUAUGAAAUUAUUUACGUAGAGUAAUUAUAAUUUCGACAUAUCACGCAAUGAAAGUCAUCGAUGAAAGUACUUAGAAAUCCGAAGCGUAUAUCAUUCCGUGCUAGAUUUAAAUAUACAUAUAUACACAAAUAUUUCAAACAUAAAUUAUAUUAACAUUUAUUUACUAGUAUGACAUACUAGUAUUCACAAAACCGUGUCAGAUUCAGGUUAUAUGAAAUAUUAUAAACUGUGAGGAUGUAUGUAAUUUAAUUAUACGCCACUGUAACGUUGUUGAACCAGUUAUUAAAACGUCAUUGUUACCGAAGAA